GUUUCAAGCGAGUCAGAUGAACUCUGCCGAAUCACACUGCAAGUCCUGGAGUAAUGGUGCUCUGAAAACCCCAGCCUCUUCUUCAUCUCCAUCCCAUCACUUGCCAUCAUCGACCCACAGAAAAAACCUUUCAGAACCCGAGGAUUUGGAAGACAUUCCAACAGCUGUUGCGUCGACAACUGCCCGGAAUUGUGACCGCCCCGACAGCUCCCCGUCCCCACAGUCCCAGCUCAACUCCAGUUUUGAGGAAUCUGAAAACACUCGAGCCGACACCAAUAUGCAAACGUCGGACAGAUUCGGUCAAAAUACAAUGAAUCUGGAUGCCAGCUACGAGAGGAGGUCACGGCGGAAGCCCACCAAUGAGGACAUUAGACGAGUGAGGCAGCUGCAGUAUGACAGUGAGGAGAGUGAGAUUGAGGAUGAUAUUUUGAAUGAGGAGAUAAUGAUGAUGAAGAAACUGAGGGAGAGUGAAAAUGAUGAGGUUGACGGUACAGGUAAAUCAGAGGCAAGAAUCAGCAGUGAGCCCAGGUAUAAAGUUGAUGAUGAAAACCAUUUCUCAGCGGACCGAUUGUCUCGACACGAAGCCGUUGAUGGCAUUCCUGAGGAUGAUGAU